GUGUUUCGUUUUAAUGCCACACACCUGCUGCAGUUUGAACUGACAUGCCGGUGUUUGUAGAAGACCCCGCUCAGUUCUCUAAAGAGAGACUGAAGUCGGAGCUCAUAGCGAAUAAUGUGGCGCUGCCACCGGCGGAGAGCAACAAACACGUUUAUUUGGAGCUUUAUCUGAAAAAUGUGAAGACAAACAGCCCAGAUUUCUCCAGCGAUGAAGAGGACGAUAGUCUCAAUGACAACGCAGAGAAAGAAGAGGUGUCAGAUAUGGUAGACCUCCACCUGCUGACUGAUGACCAACUGAAAGCCAGACUGAUCCAGUAUGGAGUCAAACCGGGACCCAUUGUUGCUUCCACUAGAGCUUUAUAUGAGAAGAAGCUGCAUAGGCUGAUGGAAGGUCCAGCACAGACAUCACAGCACAAGUUUAACGGCACAGCAGAGACGGGACAGUACUCCGACAGUGAGGAAGAUGUUGAGGAAGAUAAGGAGUCUGAGUCAGAGAAGUUGCGUUCUGAAACUUUGUCCCAGACGGAGAGCAUCAAAACAGCAAGCAGAAUGGGGACGUACUGUCAGAGCAGAGGUUUUUACCCACAGUGCUUUUUACCCUCAGCUGGAUGGGUAAAUAGUCGGCACAAGUCAUCAGACACCAGCAAAAAUGGGUCUUUGGGUCAAACUGGGUCCCCAUGCAGAUCCUUCAGCAUCACUCAGAUGGUCGAAGAGGGGAGUAUUGAGAACCGAUUCAGUCCUCAAUCAAAACACACAGCGAUUGAAAGAAGGUCCAGUUAUAGUAAUGAACAUGCAAUACACAGCAGGACCCUUCAGGAUUUCACUAGGCUGAAUAAAGACACCAUGACUGGCAGAUCUCUGUGUUUAAUGUCUCCAUCACCCCAUCAGAAACAAACUGUCACAGAACCCAUGAGUGAUGUUCUAUCAGAGAUGUUCCCUGACUGUGCUAAAACUCCCACUGGAAUCUACGCUACUAAGAGACGACCUAUAAAGGGAGCCGCAGGCCGUCCCGUGCAGUUUAAAUACCCAGAAAUGCCUCUAUUGAGUCCCACUACAUUGGAGAGACAGGAGAUCCAGCAGCGCCUGGUGCCUUUGUGGGUUCAGAUUGUGGUUUUUAUCCUGGUGGCCUGUCUGCUUUAUAUCAUCUACUCAUCGAUGGAAGAGCCACUGUCCAAUCCGUUCAGUGCUCUGCUAGAUGGUCUACAAGAAAUACCUGGUCUGAUAUCCAGCACGCAGGACACGCCCUAGCUUAGGUUAAACAUGCAGUGGAUGUUUUUGCCUCAGGAAGUUAUGCAAACAUGAACCUCCUAAUCUUCUCUCGCUGUUGAACGAACUGCGUGGACUUUGGACUGAAUAAAAUUAAAGGUGCUACAUCUUAACAGUACUUAACAGCAAUAGUUUUUCUGUUUAUUACAUACCUGCCUUAAAAAACAGCAUGGGAUUUUAAGAUGUUACUGAUGGUGUGUGUAGUUGUGCUGCUGUUUGUGGAGUGUAUGUUGUUCAUGAUCUUUUAUGAUUUCUUUUAUGCAAGUUGUUUUCCUCUUGAAGUCGUGUGGGUUGUUUGUACUGUUCUUAAAUCAAAGUGAUGCCUUAGAACCUGAAUUCUUGAGUGAACCAUGACAUUCGGUUUCUUAUCUAGCUGGACUAUAAAUUUUUAUGUAUGACUAAAUAAAUUUCUUCUCCUAA